AUGGAGCACCUCGUGCGCGCCCCGGUUUCUCGAUCUCGGAUGUACUACCUCAUGGCCGAAUGGACGUACUUCAAGAUCACGGUCACUCUUUGUGCAUCAAGGGUGGAGAAGUGGAUCCACGCCGUCAAGAGGGACUUUCUCGACGCCGCACCAAUCAAUUGCGUCGGCUUGGACUGCGAGUUCACCAACGCUCAUGAGGGUAAUCAGUGCGCCGCCGUCCUUCAACUCUCGGUGGCGACCCAUAAUUUGGUCUUCCAGAUUUGUUGGGUUGAUGAAGUGCCACAAGUUCUCAAGGAUUUCUUGCAGGACAAGACCAUCAGAUUUUGUGGCGCGGCUAUCGGCAAAGAUGUGGAAAUGCUGAGUUCCUACGGAAAUACUCCAUUGCUUGAAAAUUUCGACAGUCCUUCUGCAAAUGUCCAGACUGCCUUCUUCCAUUGA